AUGUCACUGGUCUGGAUUGUGCUUCGUCAUCUUGCGGACAUUGAAGAGAUGGCAAGAACAGUUGGUGAGUCAAAAAAGAUGAUCUCAAGUGUCGAGUGGGAAAAGAAGCUGAAUGAUGUGAAAAUACAGAAAGAAGAUAUGAAUAGGUUGGUGAUGAACUUCUUUGUCACUGAAGGUUAUGUUGAAGCUGCUGAGAAGUUCCAGAGGGAGUCCGGGACAGAAACAGGAAUAGAUCUCGGAACUAUCAUUGAUCGCAUGGCUGUUAAGAAAGCGGUGCAGUGUGGGAAUGUUGAGGACGCAAUUGUGAAGGUUAAUGAUCUGAACCCUGAGAUACUGGACACAAAUCCCCAACUCUUCUUCCAUCUUCAACAGCAAAGGCUUAUCGAACUUAUCCGAAAUGGCAAAACAGAAGAAGCCUUGGAGUUUGCACAGGAAGAGCUAGCACCAAGAGGAGAAGAAGAUCAAGGCUUUCUGGAAGAGCUCGAGAGAACUGUAUCACUGCUGGCUUUUGAAGAUGUGGCAAACUGUCCCGUUGGAGAACUUCUCGAUAUCUCUCAGCGGUUAAAAACAGCAAGUGAGGUCAAUGCAGCUAUUCUUACCAGCCAGAGUCAUGAAAAAGAACCAAAGAUCCCAACUUUGUUGAAAAUGUUGAUAUGGGCACAAAGGGAACUAGAUCAGAAGGCCAUCUAUCCACGAAUAAACGACUUGUCUACUGCCACGCUGGAAGAAUCUGCAGUUUGA